AAUAGUAAAACAAAAAAGAGAGAGAAGGAUGGAGAGAAAUAGUAAAACAAAAAAGAGAGAGAAGGAUGGAGAGAAAUAGUUAAACAAAAAAGAGAGAGAGAGAAGGAUGGAGAGAAAUAGUAAAACAAAAAAGUAAAAGAGAAGGAUGGAGAGAAAUAGAUCAAGAAAUCAAAGAAGCUAUUGAAAUCUAAUAUUGCUCUUUCCAGAUUUAAACUAUCUUUUAAACAGCUAUUUUGUGAAUUAAAUUUGCUAAAAAAUUGGAUUUAUAGUUCUUGGAAGUGAUAUGCCUCUUGAGAGGAAACAUUAAAGAAAUCCUUUUGUGAAACGUUUAGCAGUAAUCAGAUUCGGUUGUUUUCUCAAUGUUUCAGUCCUGCUAAGAGAACAGCUAUGCAUCAGCUUGUAAAUUGAUUUUAAAUUUCCUUUUUGAGAUAUGAAAACCUGUGUUGCUGUGAAGAAACUUAAGACUGGGGUAUCGCUAGUUUUCUUUGUUUAAUCAUGUCGUUUAAGCUAACAGCUUUUUAGAUAUCAUCCUCUGUACAUAAUGUAGCCAUUUUAAUUCCUGACCAUUAGAGAAAAAAAACAACAACUUUGAUUUGAUAUUUGAUUUGAUUUUUCAAAACUCAGAAUAUUGAGUUUUAGAAAAUACUUUGAUGUGAUAUUUUGUUUUUCAUUUUAUUUAAAUAUAUCGUAAGAAUUCAACUUAAUCCGCUUUAGAAAUGUGUAUUUAUUUGAGGCUGGAAGCCAUUCUUACUUGUGAUCGUAGACUGUCAUCAGGCCCCGCCCCUCUUCGUUUUGUUCUAAACCAAUCACCAUCAAUAUCGAGAAGGACCUGUUUUUCCUAAGUUCCAAUCAAGCAACGUUCCUUUAGAAGCUGCAGGAUUCACACGAUUUAUGCCCAGGCGUUGAUUAUCGCUCCAAACUCAAUACCAACUCCGUCGUUUGAUUUUUACCAUGCCUGUAAUCGGUGGUGAUGAACAGACACAUUACCUACAAAAUUUAUGUAAUUAACUUCUCAAAAUAAAAGACACGAUAGAAAAUACUCUCACUCAAUUAAACGCUGGAAAUUGAUAAAGACCGCUAAAUAAUUUACUGAUAUUUGAGCUUUUAAGAAUCGGAUUUAUGGAACAGGAAAGCAAGUUGUUCACAGAAUUAAACUGGAAAUUGAUAAAAUUUGUUGAAUUAUUUACAGCUAACUAAACAUUUAAGAAUUGGAUUGGAGAUUUUAAAAAAAAGAAAAAGAAAAAAUGGCAAUUUCAUUUGAAGCCUUUCAGUGAUGUUAAAUUUUUUUGCUGUCUGAUCGUUCAGCAGAUUUGCUGUGGUUACGACUGUUGGAAUGAAUGUCCCCUGCUUAAACAGAAUACCGACUAAGACGCAUCUAUUUAUAACCUGUAACUGAUUACCAUGAUGAAAUCAACAGUUGUGACCGUCAUGCAUAGUUGAAUGAUUUCUGUGACAGUCACGCCUGGUUAAACAAUUUCUGUAUAGGGUAGAUAGGUAUUAAUCAUUAGAGACAAGGGAGAGUUCAUCAGGCAGGCCUGGAGUUUCACGGCUAGUCCCCGUCAACAGCUUGACACUUGAUCACUGUCCCCCUAACCUCAGAACUCGCUCAAUACGGUCUCCUCACUAUCACUGCAUAUCCUGAUCGGCAGGCUUAUUGACACGGUUACAGUGUAACGUUGACGUGACAGGUGAUGUUCUGGUGUGCUUACAAGUGAAUACAGGACACGGUAGACGAUUCGUGUGAGGAUUUCGUAGAUGACUCUUUUGUUGGAGGAUGCGAUGAAUGAUUUCUGGGACUUACCUGUUAUAUUGUAUCUCUACACAUAAUGUAUAAGUCGAUCAGUAGAUCGUCUGGCUCUCCGUGGUAGAUAAUGUAGGAGGCUGUAUCAAACGACAGAAGAAAGGAUAAUUCAGAUGACAGAGUAAAGGAUACAUCAGAUGAUAAGAUAGAGGAUUCAUCAGAAAAAAAGAUUGUGGAUUAAUUUACUGUCAAGAUUUAUCUUCAGUUUUUGUCUCUGCUUUCUGGGUAUUCUUAAGGACUCGGACUAAAGAGAAAGAGAGAGAACUGCAGAGAAGUUUUGCGGACAAGGAACGUCAACUUCAAGAAAGUCAGCUGUCUGUGGCUCGAAAACUCGGUGAAGCUGAACAGAAGGUGUCUACACUACACGCAUCCUUGGAACAUGUACAGCAGGAAUUGUUUGAAGUCAAAUCUAAGUACGAUGAGACUACAUCAGCCAAGUCAGAUGAAAUGGAAAUGGUGAUGGCGGACCUGGAGCGUGCCAACGAGAGAGCAGCAGCAACAGAACGACAGGUAGAGCAACUACAGCAACAACUCACAAAAGCGGUGGCGCGUGACCAGACGGGUGCGGCCGAGAGCGUGGCCUCGCCCAAUGUAGAACAGGCAAUGGACAUCCUUCAGCGCUCAAGUCUCGAGGUGGAACUCGCCGCCAAGGAGAAGGAGAUUGCUCAGCUAGUGGAUGAUGUCCAACGACUACAGGCAUCUCUCAACAAACUGAGGGAGUCCUCGGCCAAUCAGGUGUCCAAGCUAGAGGAGGAACUGACUCUAAAAAAUGAGGCGUUCAGGGUGUUGGAGGAGAAGAUGAGGUCACAGGGGGACUAUGAGGAGGUCAAACGCGAACUAGUUGUGCUCAAAUCCAUUGAGUUUUCACAACCGACCGAGGAAUCCGGAGAGGAGGGCAAAUCCAAGUCCUUGGAGAUGCUGCUUCUGGAGAAAAACAAGAGCCUCCAGUCGGAGAACACUACAGUCAAGUUAGCCAAGAGCGAGGUGUCAGGCGAUUCGACCCCCGCUCUCUCCGAAAAUGCCGAAGCAUUCGCGUCAAUGUUGGGCGAAGAAAUUGCAGCAACGUACCAGCAGCAGAAGGAACAACAACGGGAGCAGUCUCAGCCGCAACAGGAUGUGUCCCGGAUUUCAACCCCCUCCACGCCCUCUAGUGGCGGCGGGGCAGAGUCAGAAAAAUCCUCACCAAAACGAACAUUUGAACGAGUACCCAGCAUUCCUAGUUCGGACGUGUCACAAAUUCCUCCGCCAUCGCCACAAUUCUUCCCUUUUGGAAACGGACCUUUAAUAUCAAACUAUGUAGGGAUGGGAGGUGUAGUGAAAUCGGAGCCUAAUAAUUCACAGGGUCUUGACACCUCCCUUGUAGCAAAGACAAUCCGUGAACUAUUGAGUAUACACAAUAUUGGCCAGCGCCUGUUCGCUAAACAUGUGUUAGGGCUUUCACAGGGCACGGUCAGUGAACUGCUGUCCAAACCCAAAUCUUGGGACAAACUGACGGAGAAGGGAAGAGAGUCCUACCGAAAGAUGUAUCAGUGGGCGACGGACGACCGAAACAUUCUAAGCCUCAAGGCUAUUUCACCAAAGAAAACAAACAAGGCAGCAACAGCGGCAGUAACCGCGGUAACAAGUGGCAGUGACGGGAUAUCAUCAUCAAUGUUUAACUCUCUACUCCCUGCGCUGUUCACAGGCUCGCAGCACCUCGUGCCUAGCGUACAGCACGAUGACUCGCACACCGAGGAACGCAUUGCUCAAAUCCUUAAUGACGCUCAAAAAGCUAUGCACAUGAAAAAGGCCAUGGAACAGCACCAGGUGGCGUCGGCCAUGGCCAGCAGUAUUUACCAGCAGGAGAUGACACGACUUGCACAAGUUUCUGACCACCAGGUGGCGCUACGCAGUCCGAACUCUGUAUCUUCAUCCAAUCAUGCGCAUCACACGUCACACUCACGAAAAUACAGCAUUGAUGGAGAGCGACAUCGAGAUAACGUGGAAAAUUCUGUGUCCUCCAAAGAAAUGGUUGAACGCAUCUAUAGACAGGAACUCCUCAAGCUGGCCAAGGCUGCGGAGAGUGCCGGUAACCUCGCCGCCAGCUCAAUGUACCAACAGGAACUCGCACGCCUUGCCGUCAAUGCCCAGAAGGAGGAUCAAGAACCAGGCGAGAUACGCCGCUCUCACAGUUCGCCGGAGAACCCAACAGUAAAGACAGAGCCGCCAGAUAGUACCUCGGAUGAUAUGGGAUCACAUUUUAAUGGAUUCCAGUCUAACGGCCCCAUCGACCUGAGUAAACAUAGUAACUCGGCUCCAACAACACCGACCUCUGGCAGCUCCGACAAGUCGCCCUCUGACCCCGUUCAUCAUGCUGGAAGUGCCUUUUUCUUAGUAAGACCCAAGAUGAAUGGUCACGAAAACGGUUUUGAAAAACCACGUUUUGGAUCGUACGCCCCGGCGGAGUGUAUAUCGCCACUACAGCGCAUGCAAAGCAUUGCCAACUCUGUAAUGUCACGACCCCAUGUUGGAGUGUCUUCUAAUAAACCCCUUAGGGCAGUGCUGCCACCUAUCACACAAGAACAGUUUGACAAGUACGGAAACAUCGGUACGGAAGAGUUAGUUAAACAGGUGAAGGAAACGCUAAGUCAGUAUUCGAUCAGUCAACGCCUGUUUGGGGAGAGUGUUCUCGGUCUAUCGCAGGGUUCAGUAAGCGAUCUCCUCGCACGGCCGAAGCCUUGGCAUAUGCUCACACAGAAGGGGAGAGAACCCUUCAUUAGAAUGCAGAUCUUUCUGGAGGACACCGAGGCUAUCCCGAAACUAGUGGCGUCGCAGUAUCACAUCCCACCUGAGAAAUUGAUGAGGUCAGCCAGUUCCCGUCUCCCAGGAGAACAAUUGUCGCCCCCGGAAAAGUCGACCCCUGUAGCCGUCGCGAGCACCCAAGUACCUCCCGACCACCCCCUUCACCAUCACCGUCAACAGUUUCUCCCAGCACACAGUACCCCCGCCCAAAUCCUCGGUCAACACUACAAUUGGGCUUCCUUCUCCUAUCCAUCCUCCAUGUUGGAAGUCGUGGCCAUGACCUCUGAGAUUGACACCUUGGAAUUGACCUCUAGGGUCAAGGACGUUCUGCAGUUUCACAAUCUGGGCCAGAAGCUGUUCGGAGAGGCUGUGCUUGGGCUCUCACAGGGCUCAGUUAGUGAGCUCCUGUCUAAGCCCAAACCUUGGCACAUGCUCAGUAUCAAGGGGCGAGAGCCCUUUAUUAAAAUGCACCUAUGGUUGAGCGAUCCGCACAAUGUAGAACGCCUCAAGCACUACCAGAACGAAAUCAAAGCCCAGCGAAGGAGACGAAGCAGUAGUGUAGACGAUCGGUCCUAUGACUCACCGUCAGCACCCAAACGGCCUCGUGUCUUUUUUAACGAGGAUCAAAAAGAAAAAUUAAGAAUGGCCUAUAACCAGGAUCCGUACCCUAACCAGAGUACCAUUGAGGGUCUGGCUAACGAACUCAAUGUGGGUGUCAAGACCGUCAUCAACUGGUUUCAUAAUCACCGCAUGCGGGCCAAACAACAACAGCAUGCAGGUAGCACAGCAGGUCCCACGUCUGGCUCAACCUUCAGUGAUUUCUCCGGAAAUAUUGUGAAGUCUGAGCCGACAGACGACAACUCGGACCAGAGCGAUAUCUCCAGUAUGUCGGGCGAUGCGAACCAGUUCCACCCCAGCUUCCAGGGCAACGAAGGCUCGGGUCAGUGGCUCUUCCCACAGUUCGAACCUGUUAACUCCCAACAGUCGGGUCCCCUGGAUGGUGAGAGACAAAACGAAGAGGAGGUAGAGGACGAUCGUAUCUCGGGCGAGGCGUCCCCAUUAUCGUCAAAAGCAUCGUCCGUGGCUGACGAAGGGAAGGAUGAGAAUUCAGGCGAUGACACCCAGUACAAACAAGCAGCAUUACAAGCAUUGCCCCAAGUAGGCGUUAACAAAAGGAAACGCUCCAACCCUCAGUAUGUGUCCGAGGGUCGGCAGCUGGACAAAACUAAAACUAUAACAACGACUGGCGGCUACACGACAUGUCUUCAGAGCAGCGUGUCACGCGAUGAGGGCGUGGAGGUGAGCGAAGGCGAGGAGACAGAGGAGGACAUUGAGAAGGAGAAUGAGGAUGUUAGUAACUCGAGUGGUGUAAAGCCGCGUUUCGAGCGGUGCACAAAAAUUGACAAGUUACAAAAGGCGAUAGAGUCGCCGGACGAGGACUGGGAUGAAUUUGACCGGUCGGCCAGUAUAGAGAAACUCCAAAGCAACCUGCAGCACAGCCCAGGUGGGGGCUGGGAGUUUUGAGGCAAGGGGCUGGGGCAGCAGACAAUCUCAGCCAGCUAUCUGGCCUAAUGGUCCACCCAACCGAGGUCGGACAAAAUAUAUAGAGCCACAACACAGAGAAGGGCUUCAGUUAUAGCCCCUAAUGGAGAAUGGCAAGUUUCAGCCCCUAAAGAAGGGUGACAGUUAUUGCCCCAAUACAUGAAGGGCGGAAGAUAAAAAAAAUUGCCGGAAUCGGGGCAUGCCAGAAACAUAUGUGCCCUCGUUACAUGCGUAGCGAGAGCCGGCCCAGGCCAUUAAGGCCGCGGAGCUAUAGAGGCCAAUCUCAGUGAUUCUUCAUCAGUAUUUCCUGGAAGGGUAGCUUAAUCUAUUUUUAUACAAAGAUACUUUUUAUACCUUUUCACUACAAAAUCAAUGUACAGUUUUUGUUAUCUGUGUUGUAGGCCCAGUUUUUAUUGUGACUUUUUAGUCGGAGUGUGUGCAAGUGUGUGAGCCAGCCAAUUUUGGUGCAAAUUUACGGAAGAAAAUGUUGCUAUGAAGUGCUACCACUGGAACGGACAAUGGGUAGCAUCCAGAAUUACGGAAAUAUUGAUAUGUGGUGUAGUGGCACUUAAGUGCUGUGGACGGCUCGCAGCAGGACAAGACAUAUGUGUUCAAACCCUUACAGGGUUCGCUCUUUGCUUUACGUCUUUUUUUUUUUCUUUUUUUUUUUUUUUUUUUUUCGUUUAUACUUUUUUGACACAAAGAUGUUAUGAUUAUAUACUGUUGUUGUUGAUGAACUUUUGGUUCUGUAGGCCUGUGUAGAGGCAGUGCGAGCGGCCAGUGGGCGGUAGUGUGUUCAGAGUCUCGCGACUGGUUACAGUAGUGUGUUCAGCGCCGUUAACGGUUGUUGUCUAGUCGCGACGUGUUCAUUGUCAGAUGUUUUGUGUAAAACUACGUAAAUUGAGUGCAAUAUUUCAGGGUUGCAAUGGAUUUCAAAUUUUACCAUGGAAAAAAAAAAAAACAAUUUUGCAAAAAGAAAUUGCUCAAUUUGUGUGGGUAGAAACUUUGAACUACACACAGACAGCAGAUGGCUGUCCGAGAGGUGCUAUGUGUGUGUGUUACCGUGGAGACACGAAUGUCAGUGCCAAUCGCCGUGUCACAUACACACAGACAACGUUUUGAUAGCUAAUAGCCAAAGUAAUUAAGGAGUUGGUAGCUUCACAUUUAUACAUAUUAUCUUACUGUGCUAGCAAAAUGCGUGACCAUAGUUACACCGCUCGGUUGUUGAACGUUUCCGUUGAGCGAGAGUCGAAGUCUGUUUUGUAUAUAGUUAGUUGCUCAUGCUAUGUUGUGCAUUUUAUCCACAGAUUUUUCUAAGAAAAAAAGGCAUUUUGGACUAUUCUUCUUCUUUUUUUUUUUUUUUUUACAAUUAUUGUUGUUGUGUUUCAGUGGUGGAUCUUAACCAUUACAUGUAUAUGUGAAUUGAAAAUUUAAAAGUCUUGUUAAAUAUUUUUAUAUUUGAUUAUUAGAAUUUUUGCCAAAGUCUGUAAAGUGUGUGGCUCUACCGGUGUUACGCAAGGCGAUUAGCUGUGCGGUCACCAUUCAUGCUAACUUCAGUAUUUAGCCUACGUCAGUGGACGAUGGUCAGUUUCCAUUUCACUUCGCCUAUCGGUCAGUUUAUUGUCAUUUUUAAAAAGUUGAAACAUUAGAACGUGUGUUUGUGUGAAUGCAGCAUCGGACAUUUACCAGGAAUUUUCACCUUAUGAUACAAUCCUCCUUUCACCCCUUUUGUAACCUAGAGGAUUCUUCCUGACCAGUCUAUUACAUUCGGUAGGGGUUUUCUGGAUUAGUCUAUGUUGCCUGCGGGGCUGGACAAGGACAAAUCCAUUACGUACUGUUGGGGUGCUCUGGAUCAGUCUAUAAUGCCUGUCAGGUUGAUCUGGACUGGUCCAAUGGGAUUUUGGUUUCAUUGAUGCAGAUAAUGAGCGUAAUCAAAGUGUUAAGAGUGGCCAGCCAGUUCCUAGUGACCUCUGUCAAAGGUUAAUGCAUAUCCUGUGUCAAAGGUCGUCUUGUGAAUGACACUGUGUCAAAGGUCAUCUUGUGAAUGACACUGUGUCAAAGGUCAUCUUUGUGAAUGCAUUGUCAAUGGCCUGCAUCAGGUCAUUCAGUGAUUUCCUAUGUCAGAGGUCAAUCGUGAAUGACCUGUGUCAGAGGUCAAUAAGUGACGACCUGUGUCAUAGGUCACUCAGUGAUGACCUGGGUCAGAGGUCAAUUAGUAAUGACCUGUGUUGGAGGUCAAUGAAUGACGACCUUUGUCAGAGGUCACUCAGUGAAAACUUGUUAUAGGUCAAUCAGUGACGACCUGUGUCAGAGGUCAAUCAGUGAUGACCUGUGUCAGAGGUCAAUCAUUGACGACCUGUGUCAGAGGUCAAUUUAUGAUGGCUGUGCAUAGUUAUUGCUCUGUUAGAUUUGUUUUCUUCAGUUUAAUUUGAAAUUUGCUAGAAACAAUCAAACUUUCAUUACUUUUUUUUUAAAUAAAUCGGCUAUUAAAAAUUUACCUGCCAUUUUGGCAUAUCUUUUUAUUUCAGUAGAAUGAGUACAAAGUACAUUGCAAGGCAAACAAUUGUACAGCUGAUAUAUAAUUCCUCUUAUAUCAAGAUGUUACAAAUCUGUGUUAAAUCUACAACCUGUAAAUCAAAAAUGUAUAUGUUAUUGAUAUUUGUUAAAGAGAUGUUAGGUCAGAGGCGAUGUGAAGGUAGUUUUGGAGGGGGAUGGUCUUGUGGGGUGUGGCCUUGUGGGGUGUGGCCAGAGGUUAUGUAAAUGUUAGGGUGUGGAUAAUCUUCAAACAAUUCACAACUAUUUUAUACCAUGAGGGCACUGAACCAAAUACAAAGAUGUCAAAUAUAAGGUAGCAGAUCUCCUAAGGGAGAUAACUCUAAACUAAACUACAGGUAUACUUUAUAAGGUAGCAUGUACCCUUAGAAAAUGCCAUACCAAGGGCCUCAAUCCCUAUCACUGUAUCCCAGGAUCCCCACCCCCAUUUAUGUACCAUACAUCUUGCCCCAUCCCUUAGGAUCCCCACCUCCAUCCCUGCACUGUACCCAGGCCCCACCCCUUGGGAUCCCCACCCCUGGGAUCCCCACCCCCAUCACUACCAUACCCUGGCCCCACCUCUUGGGAUCACCACCCCAUCCCUGUACUGUACCCUGUCCCCACUCCUGGGAUCCCCACCCCAAUCCCUGUACUGUACCCAGGCCCCACCCCUGGGAUCCCCACUCCCAUCCCUGUACUGUACCCAGGCCCCACCCCUGGGAUCCCCACCCCAUCCCUGUACUGUACCCAGGCCUCACCCCUUGGGAUCCCCACCCCCAUCCCUGUACUGUACCCAGGCCCCACCCCUGGGAUCACCACCCCAUCCCUGUACUGGACCAUAGCCUCUUUAUUUCUCCAGUGCCUAUACCAGAUUUUGUACAUAUAGCGAUCUUGUUAAGACGGUGAACUUUCACCUUGUGCAAUAGGUAUCUGUUUGUUUGCUGUUCCUAUAAAUGUAUAGAGAAAUUAGCAUGUUUUUAUUAUCAUAAUUAUGUUCACUUAUUCAGUGCUAAAAUGUAAUAUGCAAAGUAUGACGUCAAUUUUCUCUGCCAUUUCUUAACCCUCUGUUAAUUUAAAGAUGUGACAACAUUCAAACCAGGAAAUCAAUUUCCAUACAUGUAAUCAUAUUUGAUAUCCAUUAUUCAAACAAUUUCUUUAGAAUCUCGAUUUGGAUUUAAUUUUAAACAUAUUUGAGAAUAUUCCAGACAAAAAGAUUCAUUGACAUCACCUCAUUUUUUAAAAAUUUGUUUUUGUUAUUUUUCACUUUUAAUUAAAAAAAAUAAAUGAAUAAAUAAAAAGUUAGAUUUUGACCUUCAAGUGAAAAUUUCAGCUAUUUAAACAGGAUUUCCUUUAAAGAGGUUGUAAAUUCUUGAUCUUCUUUUAAGAUCAUCGUUUGUCCUCAAUUGAAACAUUAUGUACUGAAGAGUAUGAUUUAAUAUUGAACUUAAGUUAGCACAGUGUUGACAUAGUGGUGAGAGAAAUAAUUCACGUCUCCAUUUACAACAAUCGAGGUACAAACAAGUUAUCGUGUUAAUUAGCAUUUUGUAAUUAUAAAAAAUUUUAACCAAAGAAAUUUUAGUCUAAUGUAGUAAAAUAUAUAUAUAUAUAUAAAAAUUAUGUGUACAUAGUCGGGCGGGAGUCGCCUCCCCUUAUGCUGCAAUAUUUUUUAGUAUGAUGAUUUUGAUGAUUUUGUGUAUUUUGUUUAUCGAAUGUUAACAGUGCAAUUUGUUUAAGUUUGAGUAGGAUAACCUCCCCUUGACAUCACGAAAUGUUUCUGCAGUCUGUCGAAAACAAAAAUUUUUUGUAUGUGCAAUCGACGCUUGUAGCGUCAAGCCAAAUGUUUUCUUUCCUUUCUAGAGAACGUGUUUUUAUCACCAUUGAAGCCAAACAUAGUUAGGACUUGAUUACAAAGUAGCAAGCUUUACCUGAACAGUUUGUUCAAUGUUUUUAUCAUUUUACCGUAAAACAGUUUGCCAGCAGUUGGAUAUUUUACUAGAUUUAGCUGUUACAGGACCUCGGAAAGUCUUGAUAAUUUCCAGUAAGGUACUUGACUUACUUUUUAAGUAAAUCAUUCGGACCCUCUGGGUAUGCAAUUGUUUAUUAGAGUUGUUACAUACAUGUCUUUUUCCAGCUUCUUAAAAGUUAUUUCUGAUAUUGUCGUGUUAUUUUUUGGAGGUGGGCGGGGGGUUAAGUUGUUGACCUCUACAGAUAUUUCCUUACUGGUUUUUUUUCACAAGUAAUGGUAUUAAGUUCAGUUUUAAUUAAUUGCAAAUGUUGGAUAGCAAGGUUGUACAGCAUGGAUAUUUUUAUUUAGAAAUCACUAGAAUUUCAUCCAUGCACCGUUUUUGACACAAUGCUAUUGGUAUAUUUACAUUUUUAAAUGUUAUACAACUAAAACUUCCUCGGGUAAAACACCACUGCAAUAUAUACAUGUUUUACAACACAUAGGGUAAUUAUCUGAAAUAUCAGAUAUUCUCAAGCGCGAACUAUCUGAAAUAUCAGAUAUUCUCAAGCGCGGACUACAUCCACUAUGCUAUUAGUUUCUUAUAUUAAGAUAUUGUUCGUUAUUACUUCUUUCUUGUUUCUGUAUUUUAACUUUCACAUGUGAUUUUCACAUUCGAAUAUCACUUGUGGUAAUUCCUCGUUUACACUCACCUGUUUUUUCCUCACCUGUUUCUGACCUUAUUUUCACCCCAGAUCGGCUCCAGUCCUUAUGAUCUGAUUUCGGGAGUGUAGUUAGACGAAGCCCAGAUAAUCGUAAAAAUGGUUAAAGCUUUAAUUUUACGUAAACUCUCUGGAAAUCCUUGCAUUGAAGUCUGGGUGUUUUAAAUGAUUGUUGACAAUCGUAGUGAUAUGAUCCCGAGAUUUCUAGUUAUCUUUCCUUGACUUUCCUCCCCUGGUUCUCUCCGUAAGUUCCAGGAUUUGUAUAAGUUAAAAUUUUCGCUGGUUUGUCUUUUCUAGUAAUCUAUGUCAAAUAAUUCUUGUGAUGUCUACCGGAAAAUUCCAACUGUAAUACAUGCUGAAUAUUAUACAAAAUAUACCAAAAAAAAAAUUUAAUAAAAAAUUUUUUUGUAAGAUAAAUGAUAUUCUGCCAUUUUGGUUUUCAUGUUUACAUGGAAGCUACCUCAUUGGAGGGGGGUAAUGUACCUCCUCACUGAGCAGUGUCCAGUCUGACCACUGCUGGUCAAGGUCUGGACACUGUAUUUGUUAUGUAAGUGUAGUGCAGCCAAUUAAUGCUAUUGACCAAAGGCAAGUUUUGAUAGCUUCAAGCUUUAUUAAGAGUCAUAAUACUAAAGGUUCAUUAAUCGUUCAAAUUGCAUUUUGUUGUUUUCUAUUAUAUUAUGUAUGUUGCUGCAUUUGUUCGGUUAUCCUCGACCCGCUACAUUAAAUCUCUAUGUAUCUCUAAAUCCUUAAUCUCUACUGUAUUGUAUCCCAGAAAAGCAGACACAAAAUUAUCAUUAAAACUGUUUAAUCAAUUACAAGCGAUUUGUGGAGGCAAGACUCCCAGAAAUAUUGUCGCUUGUUGAUGACCUCUUUACCUAUAUGUAUCAAUAUAUAAAUAAUUAUAUAUAUAUAUAUGCUCAAAACUAUGGAGUAACCAAAAGAAAUGUAUAUACAAUAGAUAUAUAUAUAUGAUCAUACUCGCUACGUAAAAAUUGUGUAAUGAUUAUUUUUCUACAAUUAACUACUAUCAUGUUAAUUAAUAAUUAUAUUUGCCAACACCUGUAAAUUUUACCUGUUUAUAUCAGGUGUGCUGUGACACAAAAAUUCUUUGUUUUAAUAUAUCCUUAUCUUUCCCUUAUUCCUUCACACUUUCCUUUUCACCACAUCCUCCCAUCUCAUUCAUCCCCUUGCUGCUUCCCCUUGUCAGCUCUUUCUUUCACCUAUUCCGCCAAUCACCCGUUCUUCCAUUUGCAUGCUUCUCCCUUCACACUUUCCCCGAUUGUUUUUCCUGUGCUUCCUUCCCCUGGCCACAGCUCUUCAUCACUGCAAAUGUUUAAACUUUCAAAGUAUAGAAUAUUUAUCUUCUUUAGCAAAACAUUUACAUCAUUCUCUCGAUCAGGGAUAACAUUGCUUAAGUAAGAAAACAUCUUCAUAAACAAGAGAUGUUCUGGGGACAGAAACUUUUUCAACUGGUUCAAAUUAUGAGUUAGAUAAAAAGAACAGAAAAUCUUUAAUCCUAAAUCAUGUAACAUUUUAAAAGAGCAAAAAAAGACAGAAAAUCUUUAAUUCUAAAUCAUGUAGCAUUUUGAAAGAGCAAAAUAAGAGACAAAUAUCUACAAAAUAGAUUUAAGGAAACGUUUAUAAAAAGAAUAAAGAGAUAUUUAUAAGUAGAUGAUAUUGCUAUCUAUGGAUGAAUAUAUAUGGAAAUUGUUUAAUUCUUUAAGGAAUUUUGUCUAUAGAUAGAUUUGAACAGCAGACACUGUUAAAUUGUUUAAGGAAUAUUGUCUAAAAGUAGAUUUGAAGAACAGACAUUGUUAAAUUGUUUAAGGAAUAUUUCCUUUAGAUAAAUUGUUUAAGGAAUAUUGCCUAUAGGUAGAUUUGAAGAGCUGACACUGUUGAAUUAUUUAAGAAAUAUUGUCUAUGAAUAGAUUUGAAGAGCUGUGGAAGGAUGAAGUAUCUUUAAUCUUUUUGCAAUCUAUCCGUGACCUUUGACCUCAUCACUAUAGCGAUUGUCUACAAACAGUGUUAAAGAAUUAUAUCCUUUUAACCUUUCUUUAUGGUUGGUUACUGCAAAUCAGUUUAUACAUAUAUAUCGAUUUUGUUUUAAGAUUUUUGAUAAUUUUAUCGUGAGAGAAAAAUGACACAAAUGUGUGGUAUGAUUAUGACUAUACAGCCAUGGGGAAGUUUUUCCUGAUUCAUUUUGAUUUUUAUAAAGAAAACUUUUUUUAAAGCUACAGUAAUUUAAUGAUAUCUGACAUUACUAGGUUGAGAAAACUGUUGUAUUUUUCGUUUUCAUUUUGAGUUGUUAAUGAAUUUUUUUUUUUAAUGAAGGUUGUAUAACAUGUAAGCAUUGUCACGCUUCAAAAAUUUUACCCGGUUACAUUUGGAGUACGAUAUCUUGAUAGGGCAUGAAUUGUUAUGUAGCCCAUCUCUGUGCGACUACGGAGCCUCAUUGUGAAUAUCAAGGCCCGUAUUCAUCACCAUAGUGACGCAACCAUGAAAUAGAAACAAGGAGUGCUAUAUUUUAGAAGUAAUUACCAUAUUUUUAUGGUUUUUAUGUGACAUUACAGAUUUUUUUAUAAUUGCAUGAUAAGAAAGCUGUUAGUUGAUACAUUAAAAGAUUGAUAAUUUUUUUCUUUGCUAUUUACUAUGAAAAUCUAAUUUUUCCAAUUCUGUCUUUUUGACUCCAGCCCGCUCUGUGCUUAAUUUGUACAAGGUACACAAAAUUACUUUUUUUCUCAUCUCUGUUUUUCAUGGGUUUUUUUAAUCAUUGGUGGAACAGCGCCCCCUGGUGUCAUGUGUCACCAGAAAAAGAGGUCGGACCACAAUUUAAGUGUAUCUAGUCCGAUUGAAAUGGAUGUAUCAGCGCAUUUAACUUUUUCCAUGUUAUAAGUAAUUACAACUCUACACAGUUGAUUUAUACUCUAGGUGCUUCAACACUGGAAUAAAAACAUUAUAUAUCA